CUGAUCAAGCACAGAGUGCCUUCCAGUUUGUACAUGACAGCAUACGGCAGUUUCUCAUGGCAGAGUGGGUAGCACACGCAAUCAGAACCCAGACUGCAGCUGACUGUUCAGAACUCCUGAGAGUUUGUGCUGAAAUGUCAGACCACCUGCCCAUCACCUGUUGCAGCCUUGCUCACUUCCUGAGCAUGACAAAAUCUCCAACACACUUGCAUCAGUUUGUAACAUUACUCAUGCAACGGCAGCUGGAGGGAGAGUCUGACAAUUCUAACCACCGUUUCUUGGUUGUGAAUACAAUUGCAGAAUCAAAGCAGCUAGACGCUCUGUCAUCUUUGACACAGACUCUCUUUCCAGAUAAAACUCUGGACUUGUCUGCUAUCCCUGAAAUCUCCCUACAUGGCCUCCACUGCUUGACACAACUCAUCAGGAACACAACACUUAUUCAGAGAGUAAAACUACCAGAAAACAUGACUUUUAAACAUGUAGCAAAACAGUAUCCUUUUGGGUCAAAACGUUCUUCUUCUACCAACCAUACGAAUCAAAUAAGAUAUCUCAGCUACCUGCCUCUUUUUGAGUGCCUGUCAAGUACAUGUAUGUCUCUUGACAGUCUACUGCCAAGACUAAUGUUCUUUGUAAAAAAGGACAAAAAAAUCAAAGUUGAGAUCAUGCAACAAUACUUGCUGUUCAAUCAAUCCCUAGAGAAACUUAAAGUCAAGUCAGACAAGUUCACAUCGGGUACCCUCGGCAACUUGUCAAAGUCCCUGUUAUUCACUCCAAACAUCACAGACAUAGCCAUUGCAUUUAAUGAAGUUAACAAUGACGACAUGAAACAAGCCAUGAUUGUCUUGAGCUGCCUGCACAACCUAAAACAUGCAGAACUCACUGAAUACAGCUCUGUAAGCUGUCUGUCAGGAAGGUCUGAAACUCUCACCCUGCAGUGUAAAACUCGGCCAGAUGUAUGGCCAAGUGUUUUCUCCUUCCUUCCUUUUGACAUCCAAGAGUUAGUUCUCUAUGGGAGACAAAAGGAAGAAGAUAACAAUGGUGCAUGGUGUGAAAGGUCCUCACUACUAGUACUGCCUACUGCUGCUGUUGCUGAACUUGCAUCAUCUUUUCGCCAUCUGGAAUGUUUAGUGAAGUUGAAUUUGAAAUGUCUGAAGGUCAGCUCUUCUGAAUGGCUGAAAUUGUGUCAAGGACUGUCCCUGCUAUGUCCUGGUACAUCAUCAGCAGAGGGUGACGAGGUUAGCAGAUUUCCUCCACUAAAGAUGCUGGGUUUUACCUACUGCAACUUGACCAGUGACGACAUUCUGUCACUCACAGAACAAUUACCAACUCUACAGAACUUGGAGGAGAUAGAUCUCAGUCACAAUGAUAUUAGUGAUGAGGCAGUGCCUGGUCUUGCUGAAGGUCUUAGUUCAUCUCAGAACAUGAAGAAGGUUAACCUUAGUCAUAACAAGUUAUCUGGCAGGGGAGAUUUCUUACCCCCCCUCCCCAACUUGGAGGAGAUAGAUCUCAGUCACAAUGCCAUUAGUGACGAAGCAGUGCCCGAUCUUGCUAGAGGUCUAUCUUCAUGUGAGAAUUUGAAGAAGGUCUACCUCGAAAGUCAUAGAAUCUCAAAUAAGGGAGCACUGCUGUUGCUGCUACAGGGACAAUGCAAACGGCUGCAGUUGAAGAUUAGGGAAAAUAACAUAUCUGGUGAUCUUGUGUCUCUCAUCUGUAACAGAAAGAAUGCUAGCCAGGUAACAAAACUUGAUCUCACAUCUGCAGAUUACCCUUGGUCCAAUGUUGCCCCACUACGCACUAGUGAUGUCCCCCUUCUACUCCAGUUCCUCUCUCAGCUGCCCAACCUGCAGGAGUUAGCACUUUGUGUCAGCUGUCAGGGGGAGGAGGAGGCUAUACACAUCAACCAGCUGUAUGGGGUGCAACAUCUACUAAAGAAGCUGAAACUAAAGGGCUGGUCAUUGGACAACAUAAUAAGUGUCUCAACUCAGAUGUUUCAACACUUUCAUAUGUUAGAGGAGAUAGAUCUCAGUCAAAAUGCCAUAAGUGAUGAGGCAGUGUCUGGUCUUGCUCAAGGUCUUGCUUCAUGUCAGAACCUGAAGAUGGUGGACCUUAGUUAUAACAAAUUGUCCGAUGUUGGAGAGCUAAUGAAAGCCUUUAUCAACCUUCCCUUCCUGACACAUGUAGAUAUGUAUCACAAUUCCAUCAGUGACAAGUCCCUCCCCACCAUAGCUGCAAGGCUGAAGGUUAGUAGAAAUGUGGAGGAAGUCAGACUGUACGAUAACAGGUUCAGUGCUGAAGGGGUCAGAGAUUUUAUCAGAUCCAUGAAGGGCAAGGCUUACAGAUUGUUUUCUGAUGACCUCCUGUAUGAUGGCAGCCAGGCUGAUAUGAGCGAGUCUGUGGAAUCAGGUGGGGAGGGUGCACAGAGGGAGGAACAACAGUGGGAGAGGUUGAGGGUGGAGACAGAGUUGAUAAAGGUGAAGUUCAGACAACUGGCAGUCUGCAUUACUCAUAAAGGCCAAGUAGUAAACAGCUAGUGUCACGCUAGUUUGGCUUUCCUCUCAUAGUUCAUUAUUCAUUUUGAUAGAGUACCCCAAAUCGACUUCCUCUCCGAUAAUACAACAUCUAUCUUUUAUCUCGUAGAUCAGAUGUUUUUAUUGCCUUCAUCUGAAAGGUAUAAAAUCAGUUUGCUUUAGUGUGGGAGACUGUGAAUUUGGUGGCAUAACUGGCUUGAAGGCAUGGUUUGGACCGUUGGGGAGACCAAGUUCAAGUGCAAAACUGGGCUUUGUGAUGGGUUCCUACAUCACUGCAGUGAUGUAGGAACUUUUGUGCUUGUGGGUUUGCUUGCCAGCAGUUCAAGUUCUAGAAGAGCAAUUGUCUGGAUUUUUGUAUGGUGUAUACAGUAGUUGUUGGGGUAUAGAUAAAGUGGUCUAAGUUUGGACUCUCUAGUGGUUUGUAGGAAAGUGGGCAAUUCUGUCUGAAUAUUUAGAAGUUUAAAAAUAUUUGUACAAAACCAUGAUACGUCCUUUAAAUGAGUACGCCAAUGUUUUCUGGUUAGGUUGGGAAACACUUGCUAAGAUGUGAAAAGCACAAACUUACAGUAGCUUCCAAAUAUCUACAAGAUUUGGUUCCCCCACUCAUCCGUGACUCCACCCCUUAUGGCCUACAUGCGAACUUGAGUUAUCUCCAUUUUGCCAUCAAAACUGAAAAAUACAAAAGAUCCUUCUUGCCUUCUGCCAUUCUCUCUUGGAACCAAUUACCACAGACUGCCAAAUUAUCUUUCUCCAUCCAUACAUUAAAAAUGAACUAGAGUCUUGCUUUGAUAGCAUGCCUAGAGACCCCCACUACUCAUACGGCCACGGACACCAUGCAAUACAUGUACAUCUAACCAGGCUCAGACUCAACUUCAGCCAGCUGAACUACAAACUGUUCCAGCAUCACUAGCCCCAAGGAGGUUAAAUACCUCCUUGCUAGCCCAGAGUGCAAAUGUGGGCAUUCAAAUGACACAUCAGAACACUAUUUGUUGCACUGCAAACUUUACAGUAAGGAAAGGACUAAAAUGUUGUUAAUAUCCAUAUCCUGUUAACCCCUUGAAAACAUAUUCCCCUUUGACCCACUCAAUUCAAAUGACACCA